ACCUCAGAAUGAAGGACAACUCAGCGAGGAAGACUCACAUCCGAACAUAACGCAAGGAUAACAUCUCCGAUAAAACUGUGGGAACCUCAACAUAAAGGUGGCAUCUGAGAGAAGGACUAUAAGGAAGCCCCCUAACUAUACUACUAGCCAGUAUACUGACUAGAUGACAUGACCUGCCCCAGAACAUGGGAGCUAACACUAGAAUUGCAUCCAUGCCAGAAAAGUUGCCCAAUAUAAACAGUGGUUUCCAUGGUUUCGUGGCCGGGCCCCAGUCACAAGGCUCUGUUCACCAGUUAAACAUUGAAGACGUUGAUAUCCAGUUUGAGGUGUCAGAUAAAAGGGGUGCUCUGCCUGAAAUAAGAGACGGCGGAAUACUCGCAAACAGCAACCACCAGUGCGUUGACGAAGAUGAGGAGAUUGGUGUUGGGGAGGCUAUAAAGAUACCGCACAAUGACAAGUACUGUACAAAGUGCGCUGAGAAGGUCGCCAUGGAAACUGGAAAACUCACCGAAAAAUUAAUUGAACUGAAAUUGGAGGCGGACCGGCAGAAAGUACAAUUUGAUACGAUGAAACGGAAGCUUGACAACACGUCAAAGGAACUCAAGACGGCCCAGGCUAUGAUAGAGACUCUCAAGGACCAAAACCACGAGAAAGCAAACAGAAUAGCCAAGCUAGCACGUGAAGCUACAAUAGGGCUGUGGAACAGGGAGAAGAAGAAGCUGCUCCAGUUUGCUGACGUAAGAGAGGCCUCCCUGGAGUACGAGCUCACUUCCCUAAAAGACUCUAGUCAGCAGUUUAAAGACAGGGCACUGGACAGAAUAAAGUUCCUGCACGAUCAGGUCUACCAGUUAAAACUGAGACUCAACUUACAAAGCUCUGAUAAUCACUUUAACAAAGUUCUGGACGCUGCUGAAAAGAAGCUGCAGUCAACUAAACAGUAUUACAAACAGGAGCUGAACACCCAAAAAGAAGAGUUCUUCAAAUUCCGGAAGAACAUGGUCGGAAUGUUAUCUGGAUUCCACAAGGACUUUGUAUUGUUGACGGACCAGGUAGACCCACAGACCUACGAAGCAAAUGCUGAGUUCUUCGACCACGCAGAAAACUUUGAUAGAAUGCUAGGAGAUCUGCACAAAGCGGCUUUAACAGAUAACCUCAAUGAUUCAGUGGAGAAACUACCAGAACAGUUCUCUAUUACGGAGAAACAAAAGAACGAUAUGUUAAAGACCCACACAAGAAGAGAGAAGGAAAGAAAAGAAAUGAGGACAGUGAUACAGAGCAGGCUCACGAUCUAUCUCGCCAGGACAGUUUAUCGGAAGCGGAGAUAUUAAAGAAGCUAGAAAGUAUUGAAGAUGCGUUACAUCAGAGCUCUAGAGAACUGAAAGAUUUCGACGCUAAAAUGAACGAUAUUGAUAUAGCGGAUAUAAACGAUAGCGGGAUUUCUCUGAACGACUACGAGGCAAUGACAUUGUCACGUGCAAACAGCGAUACAGCGCGCGACACCCCUACUUCUUCUGGUUUCCACGACAACCGCAGAGGAAAUGCUGACAAAACUGUUAGAUUCGAACAAAUAGAUACUAAUAAAAUCGAAGCAAGCUGGCGAGGAAGACGUGGAACUAAUCCAAACAAUCCAAACACUUCAAGCAAAUCCGUACAAACGGACCACUUGCCACAGUUGGAUUCGCGGUCUCCCCCACUCAGUAGACGAGG